AUGGCCGACGAAGCAACCACAGGGCGCGAGCGGCCUGCGCACACCCCGCCGCCACCCAACGUUCAACGGCCCAAAGGCAUCCUCAAGCGCUCGUAUCAACACUCCCCGCCGACGUCCCCGCGUUCCGCGGCCGCGCCUCUGCCCUCCACUGAAGACGCCGACCACCCCUUGACCGACAAGGAACGCACCAUCCUCAACACCCAGGUCAACGCAGGCCACCGCCGCUCGUCGUCUGUUGCGCGCCUGGGCUCCCGCCGGCCGUCGAGCCGCACUCCCUCGGCCCAUGGCGGCGAGGUCACCGAGGCCGACCCGAACGAGCAGCGCCUCAAGUGGGACGAGGUCAAUCUGUACCUGACGGAGCAAGAGCGCACCGCCACGAUGAAAAUCGACGAGCCCAAGACGCCGUAUGCCAAGCACUACGACCCGGCGGAGGAUCCAUCGGACGACGAGGCCGAUGCAAACGGCGACAAGACGAAUGGCUACUUUGCCGACCGCGAAGGCAGCAUCCCCGGCCUGUCGCUGGGCGAGCCCGAAGAGGCGGUGCCCGACGGCGAGUUUCCGCCGGCGCCGCCGCGCACGACCAAGGUGCAGGUCGACGACUCGGAGCACGGCAGCGCGUACGGCGGCGGCAGCGUGCACGACGGCGACGACCCCAUGGCCGGCAUGAACGCCGAGGAGCGCGAGAAGCACCUACGCUUCGAGGCCAUGCGCAAGAAGCACUACGAGAUGCGCAAUGUGGCACGGUUCCUGGGCCACUCGGAGGAGAUUGAGGACAUGGCCGAGGACGACGACGACGACGACGAGGAUGGCGAGGGCGAAGGAAAUGGCAAUGCGAAUGCGAAUACAAACGGCACGGCACUACCGCCGGUGCCGCCUCUGCCGACAGGCAGAUGA